UUCAUUUCAGUGACGACGGCGGACGGAUCAGCUUCGAGGAGGAGACUACGGCUACGUUUCUGAAACGUUGUGCUAUAGACCGACGAACUCGAGUAUUUUGAGCGCUUUUGUCAGUUUUUCGUUUUGUGAUACGUUUUUGGAGGCGAUAUUUUCGACGCAGCUUUGCCUUUAAAAUUAAUCUCGACGCUGAGAGAAGAAAAGCUUCGAGUUACAGUCGAGCUGCCCGUGGCAAGACAACACAAUGGCCAAGGGAACAGGCUCCAACUCUGAGAUGGCGCAUGCUCGCCAGAGCGACGGCCUCAAUGUGAUCUUUGACCAGAAGAGCCCUGCUUCAUCCCUAUCCAGAUCCCACUCCACACCACGCUCCAGAUCCCGCUCCAAGUCCCGGAGCAGCUAUGACAGCAGUUGCUCCUCCGGCUCUUACAGGGGGCACGACAGACGCAGGAGAUACAACAGGUCAUCGUCUUCUUCUUCGUCCUCUUCAUCGUCAUCUUCUAGGAGCAGGUCCUCCUCUCGUUCCAGGUCGCGCUCUUACCCUCGCUGUCGAUGCGACGACCAUCGCACAUACAGCAGAGGCUAUUCUCGUCGUUCACCGCCCCGCCGCUACAGGGCCCACUCUCGCUCAUACAGCCGCUCACCUGACAGGUACUCAUGCCACAGACGCUACAGGUCUGCCUCGAGGUCGAGGUCCCGCUCCCGGUCACCCGUCCGCUGGAGCAGGUACAGAGGCCGCAUGAGCCAGUACAGAUGCAGGUUUUCCCGAUCUCCAUCCAGGAGCCGGUCCGGAUCCCGGUCCACUGGGCGUUCAGUCAGCCUCAGCAUGCGUGACAAGCGGGUUCUCCUUGAAGCUGCAAAGGCCAAUGCAAUGAAGAUCCUGGGAGUGGAGAAGCUGGAACUUCCCGAGAGCGUGAAGCCAAUCCUUUCAGAUCCUGAGCCAGAGAAAAGGGUGAGACAAGGCUCCCAAAAGACUGAGUCACAGGGCACCGAGGACGAGCCCAGCGACGCUUCCAGCCCGAAGACGUCCCUGAAAGGGAAAAUCGCUUUCAGCAUUAAUAACUCUGUUGCUAAACCAACGGCAGCAGCUCCUCCUACUGCAAAGGUCACCUCCCGAGUGGACAGUGUGGAGAGCAGGAAGCCCUACGGCCAGUGGAUCCCAGUCAGAUCAGUCCAAUCCUCGAGUGCACGCAAACACACCUAAACCCGCAGUCACGGGCAGAGCACACGGACGCUGUACAUGCUGUAAUAUAUUGUACGUUUGAGAUGUAUCAUUUCACACGUUGGUGUUUUCUUUCAGAUGUUAAAGGUUUUUGUGGGAAGAAGUGAAGAAUCGUUCAGGUGGGAUUAUUUCUUUCCCUUUUGUUUUUUUGUGGUGUUUAUAGAUUCAAUAAAUAUUUCACUAAAAAUA